CUUGGGGAGUGAGUGAUUCUCACUUUCUUUAAUAUACUCUCUAGCUUCUAAAUCAAGCAUUUUUCUUCUUCUCUGUAAUUCUUCAUGCACAUUCCAAACCAAACCAAACCCUCCAAUUUCCAGAUCUCUAUAUCUGUCUUGAAAAAAACUCUACCUAGAUUAAUUAUUACUAAAGAAGAUAUAUUAGGGAGAUCGAAAGAUCUAAUCUCAAUAUAGUUUCCACCGGGGAGAAAGAAGGGAAGGAAUUACCACCGUUGGAUCUGCCUCUAAAUUUCAUGCUCAUCUGAUUACUUGUUUCGCUCUAACUGAAACAAACAAUGGGCAUUCUGUUUACUAAAAUGUUUUCUUCUGUUUUUGGUAACAAAGAAGCUCGGAUCCUUGUUCUUGGCCUUGACAAUGCUGGGAAAACUACAAUUCUCUAUCGUCUUCAAAUGGGAGAAGUAGUAUCAACAAUUCCAACAAUUGGGUUUAAUGUGGAAACAGUUCAAUAUAACAAUAUCAAAUUUCAAGUCUGGGAUCUGGGUGGUCAGACAAGUAUCAGACCCUAUUGGAGAUGCUAUUUCCCAAAUACUCAAGCAAUUAUCUAUGUGAUAGAUUCCAGUGACACUGAUAGGAUCGCAAUAGCAAAGGAAGAAUUUCACGCUAUAUUGGAGGAGGAUGAGUUAAAAGGUGCAGUUGUGCUCAUUUUUGCCAACAAGCAGGAUCUUCCGGGAGCCCUUGACGAUGCUGCCGUAACUGAAGCCUUAGAGUUGCACAAGAUUAAAAGCCGUCAAUGGGCUAUCUUUAAAGCUUCUGCCAUAAAAGGCGAAGGGCUCUUCGAGGGAUUGGACUGGUUGAGUAAUACUCUUAAAUCCGGAAGUGGCUAAUUUUAACGAAGACCCGGAACAACCAUUUAACCUUACAUCCACAAACGGAAAAGGGAAGACAUUAUUGUUUUACUUGGUAUGAUGUGUUACCGAAAAGAUAAGAGUUUACUUUCUCUGGGUUUGAUAAUGAAUUUGAAUCAUCAAGGACUUCCCACUUUUUAUGUUCUUUUUAGUGCACAUUUUUUUUCUUCGACCCAUUAAAUAUCUUAUCUUACAUGUAAAAUUUUUGGUUAAAGAUCUGAAUCAACCUCUUUAGUUUCUAAGUUGGUCCUUCAUUUGUUAAAUAGAUGAACAUGUCAUGAACAUUUUGGUUUUGUGAAUACCAGAUACCUGUAUCAAUUACCCAACAAUUAGGGGAA